AUGCUGUAUGUGCUGAUAGAGGCACAAAGGGCCUGGUUGGAUAAAGUGCAGAGAGACAGUGAGCUGACAAAACGAGAGCCUAGAGUUACCUCGGAGGACAAAAGAGGCCUUGAGACUGAACAGUCUGGUUUGGGAGUCCUCAGGCCACCCCUCACCAAAGAGUCUGUUCCUCCCCUCUUUCAGUCCCAAGUAGAAGAUUCUGAGUGGUUCACAUUGAGUCCACAGGAGAGAUUGGCUUGGGCAAAAGCAUCCAAAGACCCUAGGAUUGCAGAAGGUCAACAGUCUCCACUGGAGAAGAGGCUCCUGAGUCUUGGUGGUGUGCACACUGUAGCAGCGAGACACUUGGUGACCCGGAGAUGCCGGGAGGAGAGCAGAGCGCUCUGCAGGGAGCAAGCUCGUUCUCUUGACUACUGGCUGGCAAAAGCCGAGUCUUACUAUAAUAAAAGAAUAGUGGAGAUGAUGAAAAAAGAAGACACCGGCGGGGAAACAAAGACGAAAGUGGAAGAGGAAACCCCACCAAGCACAGAGGGACACAAACUGCAUUAUUUUGUGCCCGAGAGAGAGAAGAAACAGAUAGAAAGGCACAUUCUCAGAGCAGGCCAGGCCAGAGAAUUUAAGAACAAAGUCUGGAGGCAGACCCGACUCCUCAGUGAAACCAUACUCCCCAAGAUUGUGCCAGAAAAGCAGAGCAUCCCAAAAGCACAGAGAAGAAGGCAGGUGAAUGAGAGAGAGCUGCACCAAAUUAAAGAUCAUCAAGAACGCAUGAUUCGAGGGCGGGAACUUCUCGAGCAGAGACUCAAAGAGAGAAUCUUGAGAAAAAGCCCGAGCCAGAUUCCACUACCUGAGAGGCGCGGUCGAGGGAAGAAAGAGAUAAAGGAGUUCGAAAGGGUUGUUGCGUACCCCCUUUUCCAGCCGUCCAGUACAAGUCGGAUUAAAGUGGAUAUUCUUAUGGAAAAAUCUCAGGACGAAGAGGAAGUGAGCACAAUUAUAAAACCGUACGGAAGGAGAUUCCUGGCUGUGCCACCCUUUUUGAGAACUCAAAUAGGAAAAUUAAAGGAUCAGUAAAAUUU